GAGCCAGGUCAAGGAACUGAUGCUGUCCCGGGAAUAAACGAAGAUUUAGUUAUAGCGUGUUGUCAAUGUUAUAUCGAUAAAUUAUGGCACUGUCUACAUAUACGUGAGGUUACGUAAGAGAUCUUGUUAAAAUGGCUCCUGCAGGUCAACAACCUACCAGACAUGGUUCAAAAAAAACGUCUUUGUUGCCUAUAUCUGAGGAUAAUAUUAUGUUCACUAACCAGAAAAUGACAGCCACAACAGUUUUAUCAAGAAAAACAAAAAAAAUAAGACAUGAAGAGCAUUUCCCUAAAGCAAAGAACUCAUUCACUGUUUGCGAUGUCAUGUCACCAGUUAUCAGUGCUGAAACAUCCAGUGAAGAAAGUGAUGAUGAUGACUACUCUGACAUUGAAGUUCCAAGGGAUCAACCACUGAUACCAGCACAGUUACCAUUCCGCAGUAUAUUACCAAUGAGAAAACCACUGAUGAAGUCUACUGUGCUACAUAGAAACUCAUCUUUACUAGAAGGCAAAACUACAACAAGAAUAUUGGAUUUGGAUGAACUCUCACUACUUUCAGAAAUACCAGCUGCUGAAGAACAUGAUUUUCAGGAUAAUGCAUCAUUACCUGCAAGUCCCUCUGUUAUGAUUGCCAGUCGUGAAAAUGAAGUAUGUGAACAGAACAAUGUCAAAGGUUUACAGCAUUCAAAAAAACAGGGGAAAUCCAGGAGAAACAGUGUAAGUUUUUUAGUCCGAAGUAAUGAAGACAUACCAGAUGUAGCUUUUCACAAGCCCUGUGCUACAACACCAGGAACAAGUAUUUUAAAGAAGAACCAACAAUCCAAUCAACGGAAUAGCAGAAAGAAGUGCCUUCAUUACAGAUCAAUAGUAAAAACUGAUCCAGUACUUUUUCCGCAAAGUUAUGACUGGAGGAAAUCCAAAAUAAUGGUUAAGAAGACACACUGA